AUAGUCUUGUUCACCCUCAUCAACAACACCAUUACCAUAGUAGGACCAGUAGUGAGGAGACUCGUGAGUCUAGUAGUAGCACUUGGGAAACGUCAAACUUUGUCUGUGACAAGGAAGUGGAAAAAAUUUCUGAACGAAUGAACAGAGGAAAUGUGAUUCCAGCUGAAUUUGGAAAUGGAAAUGGUCAUGAAACCAUUACUUCAACCUCGGUACAUUACAACAACUCUGGUCCACCUGGUUUACCGGCAACCUCAAUGAAUCAACACUAUCACAGUUCAUCUCACCUUUCCCAUCCUCAUCUACUUCAACAACAACGGUCACAGUAUGGCUAUGAUCAGGUUAAAAUGAAUCGACAUUCAGUGCCAAAUCUAAACGGUCCUGGAAGAGGAUAUGAUCAGCAACAAUAUUACUUAAUGAAUGAAAUUAUUGGUGAUAAUCAACAAAUGUUAGCCAACAACAACGGAAAUGUUAAUAAUACCCAUAAUCCAGUUGCAAACAACAACUCCAACAUGAACAAUAAUAAUAAUUUUACCAUUAAUAACAAUAUCAUCAAUAGUAAUGGUAAUAAUAGUAAUUUAAACAACGGUAAUAAUGUCAACACGACAGAAGAUAAUUACUAUUCCAAUCAAGAACAAAUUGACCUAAUUAAAAAACAAAUGAUGCUUCAAAAGCAGAAUAGCUAUUUGAAUGAAUCAACAGCAUCUUACAUGCAACAUGCCAGUAAAUCUCAAUCUAAUCUCAAUGGAGCUCAGAUAAGCAACUUGUCUGGUCAACAACAACAACCGAGUGAAUUAACAACAUCGCCAACUUACCUUCCAAUUCACCAGCAAAGGGCAGUUAAUCAAAGUUUACUUCGAUACCAUCAACAUCAGUACCAAGCAUCCAUUAAUCCUCCAAUGCAGCCCAUGAGCCACUCAGUACACUCUGGACUUCCUCAACAAUCUCAGAAGCAAGCAAAUCUUCAACAGCAAAGUGACCAACAACAAUUGUACAGCAAUUAUAGUGCAGCUCAUCAUAUGGGUAAAAGUCAAUCAACACCUAAUAUGAGUUGUCAACUUACCAAUCAAUUGCAACCUCAAGCUCAACAAUGUUCACCUUACAAUAUCAAUCACUGGGUGAUUCAAGAAGCUGAACUUCGAAGAUUACAUUAUACUCAGCAACAGGGGCCUGCAUUGAUGGCUCGUUCAACAGCAAUUAACAAGUUUCCUCAGCCAAGUCAAGUUAAUCCAAAUGCUGGUAACACUUAUGAGAAUCAUGUUUAUGAAAACAGUCCUUUUCGAGGUUCAAAUGCCUCAGGGUUGAACAGAAUUCCAAAUCAUCCAGCUGAUACAAUGUUAAAGAAAGUAACGGACUUCAAGUGACUCAAACACCUAUUCAAACGGUUCAACAAGGACAACUCCAACCUCAACCAACCCAACAGAGUCAACAACAAUCACCAUCACAUGGACCUUUACAAUUGGCUCAGCCCUUGCAAUCUCAACAAUUACAUCAACAACAGCAACAACAAAAGCAAAUGCUUUCAGUUAGUGGUAAAAAAAAGUGUUCAAACUGCGGCGAUGAGUUAGGUCGUGGAUGUGCUGCAAUGGUUAUUGAAACAUUAGCCCUUUAUUACCACAUAAAUUGUUUCCGCUGUUCAGUGUGUCACAUUCAAUUAGGUAAUGGUACAUGUGGAACUGAUGUUCGCGUUCGUAAUCAUAAACUUCACUGCCACAAUUGUUAUUCCAAUGAUGAAGCUGGACUCAAGUUUAGUCGUGUCUGAAUGAUUAAAUGAAUUUGGAUGCAAUUUAAACUGUUUGUUUCACUUGCUUGGUUCAAGUUUUUAAUUUAAUGGAUAAUUUAACUUUUAAUUGGUUAAAACAAAAAAACUCACACAGUUGCCAAUGAAUAGAAAGUAAAAUUGUAAUUGAUGUUGGACAAUCACAACUUCCAAGUUGACCACCAAAAACGGCUUCCAACUUAACCCAAGACUUAGACGAGUUUAUUAUUGAAGGCUCACAAAUUAAAGGACACAAUUGCAAAUAAUGGAUAAAUUAUGGAUUUAAUUAAUGUUUCCUGAUCAAAUACUUUUAAUAUAUUCUCCAAAUAUUAUCAGUAUUUACCAAUUUUUUGCGCAUCUUCAUCGACAGUUUUAUAAAUAAUAUUUUAUAUUUAUUUGUAUUCUUUGUAACCUUUGCUUGUAAAAGGACAAACUAUUGAUGAAACAACAAAUGAAACGAUUUAUAUUAUAUUAUGACAAUCAUCCCAACAAAGAUGUAAACAAAAAUGAAACAUGUUCAGUCAAUUGAUUGUUUUUUUUUCAUAAUUCAAUGUACAAUCAAUCGUCUAUCCUUGUUUCAUUUUUGGCCCCUGCAAAACUGAACUUGCCUUUUUUACUAUAAAACAAAACAUUUUUCUGUAGCUAUAAGAGUGAUAAUUAGCUAAAUUAUCAUAUAAUAUCACAUACUAUUAUUAUCAUUAUUAUAAUUGCUAUUAUCAUUACUACCUUUUUUCAUCGUUUAAUAUACAUUUUUAUGAUUGCUUUACAACUUUUUUAGUCCAACUCUUUGUAUUUAUUUAAUGUCUAGACUCUAGUUUGGUUGAGAUCAAGUCUCGAGAUCCUAAUUCAUUCAAAUUAGGAUAUUAAUUGUCAUAAUGAGUUGGAUAAUCAAAUGUUAUAAUCAUUUGUACACUUUGCUAUUCAAAUCUGAAAUAGCUUUGAUUAGCAAGGCUUUAAAGCAAUUUUAUUGUAAUAACUAGCUUUAAAAUAUCGUAAUUCAAGUUAAUUAUGAAUAUUCAACAGAUUUUUUGCCUUAAUCGAUUGUACUUUAUUAGCUUUUACAGAUUGAUCGAUAAAACAAUAUUUACAUUUUAAA